GGCAGGUUAACUUCAGUAGUUUUGCUGUGUCGGGCUGGACGCUAGCUAGUGAUCUGGGUUAGCUUUGUAUUGGAGCUUCGACAGCCGCUUUGUUGUUCAGCUCGCCAGGCGGCCAGAUGUCACCCGAUAUUUCGCAGCUAAAGGUUUAACUGAGCCGGUGGGGAAACAUCCUCUCGAGGUGCUUCCCUCUCAGGAACACAAAGGCAGCUGCUUGCGCUCUUGAAAACAGCAGCGAAGAAACUUGGAAGCUCCACAUCAGCCUGAUGACUGUUUGAAGGGAGGCGGCCCCACCGUGGCCCAUGCACUGUACCCGUUUCCCUCCCUGUCCUCCUCAUCCCUCAAGCUGACGCAAAAUCCCAGGCACCUCCCCCCCCUCCCCCACCCCCACUCCCACCCCGUCCCCAGCGUCCCGCCCCCUCCCGUCAUGGCGCCUGGCACCGAGACCGUGCACUACAUCCACCUCCACAACUCCAGCCAGUCCGUGCUGGAGGCCCUGCGCACGCAGCGGCGCGAAGGCCUCUUCUGCGACGUGACCGUGCGGAUACACGACGCCUCGCUGCGCGCCCACGCCUGCGUCCUGGCAGCCGGCAGCCCCUUCUUCCAGGACAAGCUGCUGCUGGGGCACUCCGAAAUCUCGGUGCCGCCGCUGGUGCCCGCAGAAACCGUGAAGCAGCUGGUGGAUUUCAUGUACAGCGGCUCGCUGGUGGUGCUGCAGUCGCAGGCCCUGUGCAUCCUCACCGCCGCCAGCAUCCUGCAGAUCAAGACGGUCAUCGACGAGUGCACCCAGAUCAUCUCUCAGAGGAAGGCGGCCGCAGGGGCGGCGGCGGCGGCCGCGGCGGGAGGGGCGAUGCUUGGCGGGGUCCUCCCCAAGCAGGAGGAGCGCGGCGGGGGAAAAGGGAGGGAGAGCGGCGGCAGCAGCGGAGGAAGCUGCUCCGGCGGCGGCGCAGGUGCGGGCGGCGUUUACCCAAACUUCUCUAACUUCAUGGCGGACUGCGGGGGAACCAACAUGGGCGGCGGGCUGGGGGGUGCCAACGUCAGUGUUAGUGAGAGCGGCCCCGGCCCCAUGGAGCAAGCCAACCCCGUGGGCCUGAUGACCCUCGGCGACAUGGGCCCCGGCUCCAUGUGCGGGCCGGACGGGCUGGGCUCCGGCGCCGGCCCGGUCCUCAUGAAGCAGACCUCCAGCUGCACUCAGGACGUCAGGUACAAGCUCCGAGACCUGUUGGCGCAGACCGCCAACGGAGCCAACGGCAGCAGCACAGGGAACCUCUCGGCGGGCUGCAGCUCCGGGGUGGGCAGCGUCGACAGCAUCGGCAGGGAAAGCCUCCGCGGCAACGGCACCGACCUCUCCGACGACCUGGUGGGCAUGGACAGGUACAGCGAGGAGGAGGACAUGGACGGCAGAGAGCGGGGGAGAGACGGAGACCGAGACAGGGGGGCGGGACACAGCCGCAAGCAGAGGCAGCCGCUAAGACUCCAGGUGCUGGAAGGAGAGGGAGUGGUGGUGAAAGACGAAGGCGUUCAGGACGCGGAUGGGGCCGUCUACGCUCUGGAGGACGGGCGGCGAGAGGGAGAGCAGGAGGGCUCGCAGGAAUCCAUGGCGGGCUUCGGACAGGAUUUUUACGACGAGCAGGGGGUUUUCUCCGAGAGUUUCUGGCCUCAGAGUGAGCCUCCUCAAGCCAUGACCUUUAACCCCAGAGGACGAGUUAACAAGCCCCUGACUCCGCCCCCUACCACGCAGUCCAUCAACAACCAGCUUCUUUUCCAGUACCCGGUGAGCCAGUCACAGCCGGCGCCGUUCUUCGUGGGCGGGCCGAUGGGCGGGAUCGACAGCAUGGCGGGGUCGGAGCCCAGUCAGCAGGCCCCGCCCCCGGCGCCGAUGACCCCCGCCCCAGCUCCGUCCACCUCGUCCUGCUCGGCCGGCCCCUCCCCCUCCUCCCAGGGAUCUGAGACCUCGUUCGACUGCACGCACUGUGGCAAAUCGUUACGUUCCAGGAAGAACUACAGCAAGCACAUGUUUAUCCACUCCGGUCAGAAACCUCACCAGUGCUCCAUCUGCUGGCGCUCCUUCUCCCUGCGUGACUACCUCCUCAAACACAUGGUGGUGCACACCGGCGUCAGGGCCUUCCAGUGCUCCGUCUGCGGCAAGCGCUUCACCCAGAAGAGCUCGCUCAACGUGCACAUGCGCACCCACCGCGCCGAGCGCACCUUCCAGUGCACCGUGUGCCACCGGGCCUUCACCCACCGCACCCUGCUGGAGCGCCACGCCCUGCAGCACGCCCACCACGCGCACCCGGCCCAGGGCCAAGGCCAGGGCCAGGGGCGCGGCGCCGACAUGACCUCACCUACCAAGCACAGCCCUCCGGCUCUCGGGGGGCCCUCAGGUAUGGCGGGCACGGCUGGCAUGGUCGGCGGCAUCGCCAACAUGCCCAGCCAUGGAGCUUCCUCCACCUAGAGAGAGAAAGAAAGAGAUCGUUGUGCCCUUUCCCUUGAACCGACCCUCGUUUGGUCCUAACAGCCUUGUUGAUGUCCUAAAGGUUUAACGGGUGCAGACAGCGCGGUGGGAACGGGGCUUUUAGGUUCCCACCGUUUUUGAUUUGAUGAUAUUUUUCAUCAGGGUUCCUACACACAGCGUCUUAACAUUUUUGAAGUAUAAAAAUCAAUAAACAUUUCCAGGCCUUUAUACACUUUUUAAUUGGAUUAAAAAAAUGUUUGAAAAAAAAAAAAAAAAAAAGCUUGGAAAAGGGUAUGGGGGUUAAAAAUGUCGCUCCUUCCAGAUGCAUACAGUUAAAAUAAGACUGCACCGCUUUCCCUAGUUGCAGACCCACGUGUCGUUUGCUGUGUCGUGAAAUUUGCUGCGGUGUCGUGCUGUUGGCCAAGUUAGCAAUCAUUUAUUAUGUCGCACGGCCACCAAAAACCCAGCCAAAAAAACAAACAAAAAAAAAAAAAAGUGUUGAUGAAAAUGUGCAGAAUUUUGAACGGGAAAAGGCAAGAUA